CAAAACUUUUGCAGCAUAAUGAAUAAAAUGUGCCAAAAUUAAAUUCCCUACAUAAGAGGUUGUUGUCAUGGGUCCAGCUUGGUGUGUGUGCCGUUAGAUUUAUGCAAUUCUGCCCGCCAACUAAACAAGAACACCGAAAGCGCAUAGAAUUCCAUAUAAGCAAUAGAAUAGAGUAUAUUAUUACUACUUACCAUCACCAUUUUAUAAAUAUAUAUCUAAAAACCAAGCGUGAAACCCACUCAGUUGAAGAAUCAAUCUCUCCCUUUCACCUUUCUCCAUAGCCUACCACUUUUCUUCUUUCUCUGCUUUCAUCUAUCUACUCUCACUUCUCUUCACACACUGAGACACAGAGAGAGAGAGAGAACAAAAAAAGAAAGGGAGUGAUGGGUGUGAGACUCAGUGUUUUCUUUUUAUAAUGAACAAAGUACUACACAUCCUCUUCUUCACUGAAGAAGAUGGCAAUUCAGCACCACAAUGAACAACUAGAGCAUAAUGAAAAUGUCUCAUCUGUCCUUGAUGCCCUUUACUGCGAUGAAGGAAAGUGGGAGGAUGAAGAGGAGGAGGAAGAAGAUGAUGAAGAAAGUGAAGUAACAACAAACACUGGAACUUCUCUUUUCCCUCUGCUCAUGUUGGAGCAAGACUUGUUCUGGGAAGAUGAGGAACUAAACUCUCUCUUUUCCAAAGAGAAGGUUCAACAUGAAGAAGCCUAUGACUAUAACAAUCUGAACAGUGAUGAUAAUAAUAGCAAUGAUAACAAUAAUAAUAACAAUAAUGUGCUUUUGGACUCUUGUCUCUCUCAGCCUCGUCGUGAGGCAGUGGAAUGGAUACUGAAAGUCAAUGCUCACUAUGGAUUCUCUGCUCUCACUGCAACACUGGCCGUUACUUACCUGGAUAGGUUCCUUCUAAGCUUCCAUUUUCAAAGGGAGAAGCCAUGGAUGAUCCAGCUUGUGGCUGUCACUUGCAUCUCUUUGGCUGCAAAAGUUGAAGAAACUCAAGUGCCUCUUCUCUUGGACCUUCAAGUGCAAGACACAAAGUAUGUGUUUGAGGCAAAGACUAUUCAGAGAAUGGAGCUCCUGGUGCUGUCCACCCUCAAAUGGAAGAUGCACCCCGUGACCCCUCUCUCCUUUCUAGAUCACAUUAUAAGAAGGCUUGGAUUGAAAACACAUCUUCACUGGGAGUUUCUCAGGCGCUGUGAGCAUCUUCUUUUGUCUGUGCUUUUAGAUUCAAGAUUUGUUGGUUGUCUUCCUUCUGUGUUGGCCACUGCAACAAUGCUGCAUGUUAUAGACCAGAUUAAACACAAUGGUGGGAUGGAAUACAAAAAUCAGCUUCUGAGUGUUCUCAAAAUUAGCAAGGAGAAAGUAGAUGAGUGUUAUAAUGCCAUUCUCCAACUCUCAAAUGUCAAUAAUUAUGGUCAUAACAACAACACUAGCAAGCGCAAGUAUGAGCAAAUCCCAAGCAGCCCAAGUGGCGUUAUUGAUGCUGCAUUUUGCUCUGAUGGUUCCAACGAUUCGUGGGCAGUGGGGUCAUCAUUAUAUUCACCACCAGAGCCUCUCUUCAAGAAGAGCAGAACCCAAGGACAACAAAUGAAAUUGUCACCACUUAACCGGGUCAUUGUCGGAAUUGUUGGCACCUCUCCUUAAUUAAAUACCCCUUUCACAAACCAAAAAAGAAGUCUUAUAUUUUAUUUACUGUGGUAAUUAGUCUUCCAUGCAUGUUGCUGAACUUCAGAGCCUUCCCCUCUAUAUGUAUCUCUUCAUUUCCAACAAUGUCCCUCAUUCAUUUAACAUUUCUUGAAGAGGCAAGGUGGUGGUGGUUCAGGAAUGAGUGGUCUAUCUCUGAGGGAAGAGGAGGACAGAGUUGGCAAUGAAGAAUUGAAGACAAUCAUCAGCACUCUAUAAUAUGUUUCAGGCACUCUUUUUUAAUUGUUCAAUGGGUCUCAUAUAGACCAUACCAAAUUUGGACAUAUUUUAUAUCAUAUUUUCUAUAAUAAAUUGGGAACAAUUUUGUUCAUUUGUA